AUGACGGUUUUCGAGCAAAUGAACGACGAAAUCGACGUCCAGCAACUCCGUCAACUGGGUCGACAGCUUCUUGAGGAACCUGCUGCUGUUCUCACUCAGCUCUCCGAGCCGCUCAACCACCUCCGCCAGUCCAUUGAGAACGUCAAGAAGAAUCCAACAUCCCGACUUUACACUUCCCGCCUGGGCAGCCCACUUGGCAAUAUUAUCCGCGAGAAUUACGACGCUGAGCGGCUGGAUCACUUUUCUGACGAUGCGAACACUAACAUAAGCGGCAGCAGCUCAUCAGCCAGUCAGAAUUCAGUGGAAGAUGAUGAGCAUAUGCUGGAGAUGGUGCGCAACCGUGGUCGAUCCUUGUCCACUCCAGGACCACUCUACGGAACCAAGUUCAACACUGCUCGAUACAAAACGGAAAUGUGCCAGCGCUUCACUGAAACUGGCGAGUGUCGCUUCAUGGACAAGUGUCAGUUCGCUCAUGGCAUCGACGAACUUCGCCAGGUGACUAAGCACCCCAAGUUCAAGACGAUCCCCUGCAAGACCUUCCACCAAACGGGCAUUUGCUCGUACGGCAGCCGCUGCAACUUUCUCCAUAACGAGAAGCCUGAUCAGCUCGAGGCGCUCAGACUCCGACAGAAGGCGGACAGACGACUCUCAGUCCCGACUGUUCCGACUAUCAUGCAGCGCUCCCUGAUCCGUACCCUGUCGAUCGAUGAAAACUCUGAAUCCGUUCGUCUACCGGCCUUCCGACGUCUCUCCCUCUCUGAAUGCUAA